CCCCCGCUCCGGCUCCACGUGCAGCGGGGCCGGGUGUUGGUGUGGGCGGCGGAAGCGGUGCGGACGCUGCGGGAGCGGCACCGGAUGUGGGGGGCUCUGGUGGGCGCCCCCUCGCGGCGCGGCGGGGGACGGCGGCUGCCGCUGCAACUGCUGCCGGAAGAAGGGCGGCUGCUGGCGGAGCGCGGGGCGGCGCGGCUGGAACCGGAAGCGGAAACGGGGCGGCCGGAAGUGGCUGCGAGGAGGCCCAGGCGUCGCGGACCGGAAGUGGGCGCGGAGGGACCGGAUGUCGAAACCAAACGACCGAGACUGUGCGAAAAGCCGGAGGGAAUGGAAAGGGGGGGACCGGAAAUUGAUCGUGACGGACCGGAAGUGAGAACGGAAGGACCGGAAGCGGAGAGGUCUGAAGUUGAAAGUAAAGGGCCGGAAACGGAGAGGUCGGACGUUGGUACUGAGGGACCGGAAGUGGGAACGGACGGACCGGAAGUGAAAGCUGAGGGAACGGACGCCGAGGGACCGGAAGUUGAAAGUGAAGGACCGGAAACGCAGAGAUCAGAGGUCGGAAAGGACGGACCGGAAGUGGGGACGGACGAACCGGAAGUGGAAGCGCACCGGGAGCGCCGUUUCCGGGUGUACCGGGACCUGUGGGAGCGGGGGCUACACCUCACCCCCGGCGGCAAAUUCGGGGGCGAUUUCCUGGUGUACCCCGGUGAGGAUGUGGGGCACUGGGGGCCCUGGGGGGACGCUAUGGGAUUCCUGGGGGGCUUCUGGGGGGCUUUAUGGGGUCUCUAUGGGUCUCUAUUGGCCUCUGUGGGGUGGGAGGGUUUCUCUGUGGGGUUUCUGUGGGUCUUUAUUGCGUCUCUGUGGGUCUUUAUGGGCUCCAUGGGGUCCUGGGGAGCUCUGUGGGGUGCCUGUGGGUCCCAGUGGG